GAGAGCGGAGACGCGCAGUGCCGGGGUCGCGCGCUCCCGGGUGACAGACAUGGCGGCGGAUGGCAGCCCGGACUGGGUCAGCGCUCUGCCCUGGGCGUGGGGCUACGGCAUCACCGAAGAAGGACGGGUCUUCUUCAUCAAUGAGGAGGCCCAGAGCACUACCUGGCUGCACCCUGUCACUGGAGAGACCACCCUGACUGGACACCGCCGCACCCCAGAUUUGCCCACAGGAUGGGAGGAGGCUUACACCUUCGAAGGGGCCCGAUACUACAUCAACCACAAUGAGAGGAAAGUGACAUGUAAGCACCCAGUAACGGGGCUGCCCUCCCAGGACAAUUGCAUCUUCGUGGUCAACGACCAGUCUCCCUCUACCAUGACCUCUCAGGAAACAAAGGACCGAGCUGUCAGCGUAACCAGUGACACUUCCAACUGCAACGCUCCGACCACCACAGGCAACCCUGCCAGCCCAAUCAGUCGGUCUUCUAGAUCUUCUGGAAAACUCCACAAUUUUGGGAAACGAUCAAAUUCUAUAAAGAGGAACCCAAAUGCUCCGGUGACAAUGCGUGGCUGGCUCUACAAGAAGGCGAAUUCUGGGAUGAAAUUGUGGAAGAAGCGCUGGUUCGUCUUGUCGGACUUGUGUCUGUUUUAUUACCGAGACGAGAAGGAAGAGGGCGUCCUGGGGAGUAUUCUACUUCCAAGUUUCAAGAUAUCUGUGGUUAUCCCAGAGGACCAUAUAAACCGGUCAUAUGCCUUCAAGGCAGCACACCCCAACAUGCGGACGUACUACUUCUGCUCUGACACCAGCAAGGAGAUGGAGCUGUGGAUGAGGGCGAUGAUUGGGGCGGCACUUGUACACUCGGAGCCCGCCAAACGGGAGAAUGCAGUAAAACAAGAGCACAUGGCCACCCAGGAAAUGAACCACGUGGCCAAUCACAGGCUGUUAAUUCGGCCCGAGACUAAUAAUAAUCAGCGAAAUAAAGAAAUUACUAGCAAAGUGGAGGAGAAAACUACUUGGGAGGCAGAUAAAUAUGGCUUCCAGAAAGAGGGACAAGAUCGACCUCUAACUAAAAUCAACAGUGUGAAAAUUCAGUCCUGUAUUUCCGACUAUGACAUUCUGGCAACAAGCACAGGGCACUACAAGAGUGUUUACAUAAAUGGACCUGACAACCGAGUCCUAGACAGUCAAGGCCAUAUCACGGAGACCGAUUCCCACCAGAACCACAGACCAUACUUGUCUCAUGGGGAGCCCGACAAGAUAAUCCAGAGGACCAGCUCCAUGCAACAGCUGGAGCAAUGGAUACGGACCCAAAGAGAGAGAGGCCCUGAGGAUGACCCCACUGGAGUCUUGUCAUAUCAAACAUUGCCCAGAAAUAUGCCGAGUUAUCGGGCUCAGGUAGUUCCACGCUAUCCGGAAGGCUAUAAGACAUUGCCACGCAAUCUGAAGACGCGUCCAGACAGUGUGUGUAGCACAGCCGGGAUGGGAUAUGACCGAACAAUGGUUCCUGGAAGCGCCACAGGAGAUGAGAAGCGGAGGUCCAUCCGAGAUGAUACAAUGUGGCAACUGUAUGAAUGGCAGCAGAGACAAUUUUAUAAUAAGCAGACAACUCUAAGGAGGCACUCUUCUCUGACCAGCCCAAAAACAAUGGUUCAUAUCUCCGACCAGACCCUGCACUCCAUUCCCCUGUCCCCGUCUCAUGGCUCCAUCUCUGGUUAUCACACAUAUUCUCCACACCGGGCCUACAGGUCAGAGGUAUCUUCACCAGUUCAGCGUGGAGAUCUGACAAUGGAACGCAGACCCAAAGCGCAAACCAGCAAGCUGGGCCUCGUUCCUGACAGAAGGUCAGUGCCAGCGGGAUUGGCUCUUCAACCCGUAUCACCGCAGGGUCUGCAAGGCAAAACUCCAGAGGAGCUGACGCUCUUGCUCAUCAAACUACGGAGGCAACAGGCAGAACUGAGCAGUAUCCGGGAACAUACACUGACACAGUUGCUGCACCUAAAGCAGGCGUGUGGCCCCCAGAACGAGAUUCUCUCACAUCAUCUUCAAAGGAACCUCAUCUACGUGGAUCACCAGAUGAAAGACAAUGACCCGUUAAUCAGCAUGGUUCACACCAUGAUUGAGAACUCUGCGCUUAGACCACAACUGUACCAGCAAAUGACUCAGGACGAGUGCCGGCCUUCAGCUUAUAAACACCGAUCCGAGGAGGCCGACGUGGAUUCCAAGCUGAGCCGACUAUGCGAGCAGGAUAAAGUGGUCCAGGCUCUGGAACAGAAGCUGCAGCAGUUGCAUAAAGAGAAGUACACCCUGGAACAAGCUCUGCUGUCCGCCAGCCAGGAGAUUGAGAUGAACACCGACAAUCCAGCAGCUGUUCAGAAUGUGGUGAUACAAAGAGACGAGCUUCAGAAUGGGCUGCUCAGUACAUGUCGGGAAGUGUCCCGGGCCACCACGGAGCUGGAACGAGCUUGGAGAGAUUAUGACAAGUUAGAGCGAGAAGUCACCACUGCCAGAAACCAGCUGAGGGAACGAUUGGAACGUCUCGGGGAGGUCCAGACAGAGACGGCUGGCAUUCAGAGGGCACAAAUGCAGAAAGAGAUCUGGAGGAUCCAAGACGUGAUGGAGGGACUGAGCAAACAUAAGCAGCAAAGAUCAGCAGGUGCUUCUGACUCUAACUUAUUUUCUUCAGGGAAGAGCACCAGUGAGGAAGAGGAGCUUGUCCCACCACGUCCUCCGCUCCCUCGGUCCUAUGACUUUACCGAUCCAGCUCCUAUUCUUCCCCCUAUACCCAGUGAUAGCAGCUCGUCCUUGCUGUGUUACAGCCGGGGCCCAGUCCAACUCCCUGAUGACAAGACCUCUCAUCAUAUCCAGGUUAAUCAAAGAAAUGGAUCCUAUUGUGGCCCGGAUUACAGACUGUACAAGAGUGAACCUGAGCUGACCACAGUGGCUGAAGUGGAUGAGUCAAAUGGUGAUGACAAGACGGAUCUAACUCUGGACAUGGAAGGUACAACUAACAAAGGUUCACACUUUCCAGUCGGUGUUGUUCCUCCAAGAACAAAGUCUCCUCCACUUGAAUCCACUACAAUAGCAUCUUAUGUCACCUUACGGAAGAGUAGGAAACCAGAGGCAAAAUUGGACAGACCACGUAGUGCCGUGGAACAUCUUUGUGUUAUGGAAAAUCCCCGACCCCGAAUGACACUGGAGGAACAGCUGGAGAGGAUGCGCAGACAUCAGGCUGCUUGUCUGAAAGAAAAGAAAAAAGGAUUUGCCUUUCUAGGGUCCACUGAGCCCUCUCCAUCACAGAGUCCCGCCUUCUCCAGGGAAAACUCUAUAAAACUGACCCAGGUGCGGAGAAAAGAGGAGAACACAGUUAGUGAAACGAAGGAUAAAGAGGAAGCUGAGCGAGAGAACAGCACACAAUCACUACAUCCAGAAGUCAUUGAAGCAGCAACUGGAGCUGAAGAGCCUCGUGUAAUCAGUGAUAAGGAGCCUUUACAUUCCCCCACUGCUUCCUCUCUAUCUGAUGCCAAAGAUGAAGUGACAGAAGAAACAGCCACUGCAGGUCUGGUACCCGAGCCCCAGGAACAAUGUUUACAGGUUGUGACAUCUGUCCUGACGUAUACAGAGAGUGAGGAGAAGCCAAGGGACCAGGAGCACAGCGGGAUUCUCUUUGCCUAUGAGUUUUCGGCUGACGCCCUGAGAAGACAUACAUCCCUAGAGGCUGGGAAUCUGACGACUCUUCCAGAGCCACCAACACUACCGAUGACAGCAAAGCAGCCACAGCUGAGCGAAGGAUCCCACUUCAUGUGUGUUUAGCGGUGGGAUGAUUCAAGUUACAAGCAUUCCAGAUGCUGCGAUUGCGGAGGACGUUGUGCGAAUUUUUACUGUACAGUUUUUAACCAAAAUUGGAAUGGCGCUGCCGUGUGACUUUAGAUUCCCGCUUGCUGCUACUUUGUUUUCUUGCACAUGAAGGUUUAAGAGCCAAAAUGUGAGACUUUCCUGCUGGGUGACGGAGGAGGUUUCCUUUCAUCAUGAACACUUAUCUGCUCUGCUUCUGUUCAUCGGCACAUGUCCGCCUUUCAUCUUCUCCACCAGACUUAUAUUAUAAGAGACUACAGUAUAUAAUUUUACACUUAAUUUGUAAAAAUCUCUAUAUAUUUAUAUUUAAUAUGUGCCAUUUUCUGAUCUUUGAGUUUACAUCAUUCAUACCGCUGUGUUUGCAGUCACUGCCACUUCAUGGGAUCUGCAAUUCUUCCAGGAGGGAAUCUGUGCAGCAAUAAAAAGGCUCUUCUACUGGUACAGAGUGUAAAAAUGUAAUUAUUAUCAUUAUACAAUCCACCACACAUGAUGUAAGUAGGUCCAAAUACCAAUGUUCAUAGCUCAUUCCUUUUAUAACAUGCCAAAUAAAUGUUGAUGUUGUUUAAUA